AUGGAUUCCCCCGAGGAGACCUACCGCCACCGCAUCCCCGUUGAUCCCGAGCUUGGCCUGGAGCUUAAAGACUUGCCCAUAGUCACCAGUAUUGAAACAGAACAGGAUCUCGAUGUUUUGAUUGCUGUCAUUGAAGAUGAGGAUGGCAAAGAACCUGACCCUGAACCUCAGGUGAUCGGACAGGGUGCAGAGAAUGACUUUUAUGUUCCGGAAACCAACCUUCUCAGUGGCCUUAUGUCUAGUCAGGUUCUUGCAUGUCGACAGGUCUAUGGAUGGAACCGUAUGAAACAAGAGCAUCAGAGCAAUGUCAUCAAAUUUCUGAUGCUUUUCGUCGGCCCCGUGCAGAUUGUCAUGGAGGUGUCUGCAGUUCUUGCCGCUGGUCUAGAGGACUGGAUUGACUUCGGUGUCAUCCUAGGAUUGCUUCUUCUCAACGCUGUCGUCGGAUUCGUACAAGAAUACCAUGCUGGAAACAUUGUCGACAGCUUGAAGAAAACCCUGGCACUCAAAGCCACUGUGCUGCGCGAUGCGGCCAUGCAAGAAAUUGGUUCUGAGGAGGUUGUGCCUGGUGAUGUGGUUCAUCUUGAUGAUGGUGCUAUCGUUCCUUGUGACGGUGUUAUUGUCACUGAGGAUGCCCAUUUGCAAGUUGAUCAGUCUGCAGUCACCGGAGAGUCGUUAGCCGUUGACAAACACAAGGACGACAGAUGUUUCGCUUCAUCAACCGUUAAGCGCGGUACUGCCAUGAUGAUUGCGACCGCGAUCGGUGACAAAACAUUUGUUGGAAAGGCUGCUGCCUUGGUCAAUAAGGCAGGUUCCGGUACAGGUCACUUCACCAUGGUCUUGAAUGGAAUCAGUUUGACCCUGCUUGUUCUGGUGAUUCUUGUCCUGUUGGUUGUUUGGGUUGCUUCUUUCUAUCAAUCCAAUAGUAUCCGAAUUAUCCUGGACUUCACUCUGGCAGUCACCAUUAUCGGUGUUCCCGUUGGUCUCCCUGCCGUGGUCACCACAACCAUGGCUGUGGGAGCUGCAUACCUCGCCAAACGGUCUGCCAUUGUUCAGAAACUGUCUGCCAUUGAGUCAUUGGCUGGAGUUCAGAUCCUAUGUUCAGAUAAGACUGGAACGCUCACUCGCAACAAGCUUGCAUUGGGAGAACCAUACACUUCUCCUGGUGUCAGCACAGAUGAACUCAUGCUCGUGGCAUGUUUAGCAGCAAUUCGGAAGAAGAAGGGUCUUGAUGCCAUUGAUCGCGUCUUUAUCAAAUCACUCAAGUUCUACCCCCACGCCAAAGCUGAAAUCGGCUCAUACCGCCUGAUUGAAUUCCAUCCUUUCGAUCCAGUGUCGAAAAAGGUUACCGCUGUCGUAGAAUCUCCCAGUGGUGAGCUUAUUGAGUGUGUGAAGGGAGCUCCCGCCGCAGUCUUGAAGAUGGUUAAAGAUGCCCAUGCUAUUGAUCCUGAAAUCGAGGCCACUUACCAGCAGAAGAUCGCCGAAUUCGCUAGUCGUGGUUUCCGUGCUCUUGGCAUCGCCCGUAAACGUGGAGAACAAUCUUGGGAAUUCCUUGGGAUCAUGCCCUGCUCUGAUCCUCCUCGCUUCGAUACGGCUGCGACUAUCAAUGAAGCGAAGCGAUUAGGCCUCCGAAUCAAGAUGCUCACCGGUGAUGCUGUUGGAAUUGCUCGAGAGACUGCUCGCCAGCUAGGACUUGGCACCAACAUCUACAAUGCAGAGCGUCUGGGAGUUACUGGUGCCGGCGAUAUGCCCGGAUCUGAGGUCAAUGACUUUGUGGAGGCCGCCGAUGGAUUCGCCGAGGUGUUCCCCGAGCACAAGUUCAGCGUUGUGGAGAUUCUUCAAAAGCGUGGAUACUUGGUGGCCAUGACUGGAGACGGUGUCAAUGAUGCCCCCUCGCUCAAAAAAGCUGACACCGGUAUUGCUGUCGAGGGAGCAUCGGAUGCCGCUCGCUCUGCUGCUGAUAUUGUAUUCCUUGCCCCUGGUCUCUCCGCCAUCAUCGAUGCUAUCAAGACCUCUCGUCAAAUUUUUCACCGCAUGUACUCUUAUGUGGUCUACCGAAUUGCGUUGUCACUGCACCUGGAGAUCUUCUUCGGUGCAUGGAUUGCUGGCAUGAAUGAUGUACUGGACUUGCGCCUGGUAGUUCUGCUUGCCAUUUUCGCAGACAUCGCCACUCUUGCCAUCGCGUAUGACAAUGCUCCGUAUUCUGAGACCCCUGUGAAGUGGAAUCAGCCCAAGCUAUGGGGAAUCUCCAUCUGUCUUGGAAUCAUUUUGGCUACUGGUUCCUGGGUUGCGCUCGGUACCAUGCUUCUGCGGGGUGAGCAUGGUGGUAUUGUUCAGAACUUUGGCUCCCGAGAUCCCGUCUUGUUCCUGGAGAUCACGUUGACACAGAAUUGGCUGAUCUUCAUCACCCGCCUCAAUGGACCUUUCUGGAAGAGCUGUCCGUCUAUCCAGCUUGUUGCUGCCGUUCUGGCCGUCGAUAUUGCGGCUACUCUGAUGUGCGUCUUCGGAGUUUUUGUCCACAAGCCUACUUCAAUCGUUGCCGUGGUCCGUGUCUGGGCCUUCUCUUUUGGUAUUGAGGCUUUGUGUGCCGUUGUUUACAGCGGACUGCAUAAAUCUGCUCGAUUCGACGACCUCAUGCAUGGCCGGCUCUGGACCCGAAAGCCCCGUGAGCGAUCUGAGGAGGACUUCAACGUCUUCCUGCAGCGAGUGGCAAGCCAGCAUGAACGGAUCACUUAA